CUUCCGGCCGGGGCGCGCGCCGGUUGAUUCGCUCCCCGCGGCCGCCUCAGCCGCCGUUCGGAAAUGGCGGGCUCUACAAAUUCACUGGAGGCAGAGAGACAUUAAGAUAAGACAAAUAUACAAUUAAAUCCAAAGGGAAGCACACAAAGGCAAAACAGCUCAUCUAACUAGGCUUGGUACUAUGGAAAAGUUGUUGGUUGACUACAAGAGUUCCAUGGAAAAGAAGUUGGCUGAAUACAAGUGUAACACAAAUGAAGCUAUUCAACUAAAAUUAGUUCGCUUUCCUGAAGACCUUGACAAUGACAACAUCACGUUCAAUCCUGAAUAUAGUCACCAAAUAUUUGGGGAUGAUGAAAUUGCCUUUGGAUACAAAGGUCUGAAGAUCCUUUUGUACUAUAAUGCUGGUAACCUGUCAACACUCUUCCGUAUCCAGUAUGCAUCUAAAGUUAAUGAAAAUUUUGAUUGUUUGGAGGCAGAUGAUGUUGAGAGCAAAAUAAGAGAGAUCAUUCCUCCGGGAUUUUGUACAAACACAGAUGACUUUAUUUCUUUGCUGGAAAAGGAAGUUAAUUUCAAGCCUUUUGGAACAUUGCUCCAUACAUACUCAGUUCAUAAUAAGGAAGCCGGUGAAAACAUCACAUAUCAAAUAUACAAGGCUGACAUGACAUGUCCAGGCUUUCGAGAAUAUCAUGAAAGGCUUCAGACCUUUUUGAUGUGGUUUAUUGAAACUGCUAGCUUUAUUGACGUGGAUGAUGAAAGAUGGAACUACUUUCUAGUAUUUGAGAAGUAUAAUAAGGAUGGAGCUACGCUCUUUGCGACCGUAGGCUACAUGACAGUCUAUAAUUACUAUGUGUACCCAGACAAAACCCGGCCACGUGUAAGCCAGAUGCUGAUAUUGCCUCCUUUUCAAGGAGAGGGCCAUGGUGCUCAGCUUUUUGAAACAGUUCACAGAUACUAUAUUUCUUCUCCUACAGUUCUUGAUAUUACAGCUGAAGAUCCCUCUGAAAACUAUGUGAAAUUAAGAGACUUUGUACUUGUGAAACUGUGUCAAGAUCUUCCUUGUUUUUCCCCAAAGAAAUUAAUGCAAGGAUUUAGUCCAGAUAUGGUGACAGAAGCUCAACAAAAGCUCAAGAUAAAUAAGCAACAUGCCAGGCGGGUGUAUGAAAUUCUCCGAUUGCGUGUGACUGAUAUGGGUGAUGCUGACCAAUCCAAAGGCUAUAGAUUGGACGUUAAAAGAAGAUUGAUCGGCCCAUAUAAGAAAAAACAGAGGGAUCUUGCCAAAAUGCGAAGAUUUCUCAGGCCAGAAGAGCUCACAAACCAGAUGAACCAAAUAGAUAUAAACAUGCAACAUGAACAAUUGGAGGAAAGCUUCCAGCAACUUGUCUCAGAUUACCGAAGGAUAAUAGAACGACUUGCCCAAGCAUAA